CUUAAGCAUAGUGUUUUGAGUCACAUAUAGGUGAUUUUCACUAUUUAUAAGAAAAAAUUUCCAAAUUGCUUCCCUUUGAUGGCUCUAUCCUACUUGCUCAAUCAACCAAGGUUCAAACCUUGGUUCUUGCAUAUUUCAAAAAAAAAAAUUCCCUUCUUUAUUUCCUGAUUCAUUGCCCCAUGUGCUUCCUUCUCCUCCACGUGACCCCCCUUAUUUACCUUAUUCUUUCCAUUUCCUCCAAUUUUCACUUUCUCUUUCAACCUAUCCCUCAUAUGCGGAUCUGCCCCUUCUCCUCUCUCCUCCAUCCUCCGUCGUCCGCCCCUUUCUCCACUAGGACCACCAUAUCUUUUCUUCUCAUCACUCUCCAUCAGAACUUCAGUUUCUCAAUCGCGAAAUCUCUUUAUGUAUCUCUCAUUGCUGGGACAUGCGAAACAUCUGGUCAUCUGAUCGAUUUCUUUGGGUAAUUUGUUCUUGUUCAUCUUUUAUAAUCAUCUGAUUGUAUUUGAUUUAAUUUUUCGCAGAUUUGUUGAUUUAUUAAAUGUUUAAUUUUUUUUUCAAUUGUUAAUAUGUUUACCGUUCUUCUUUUUUGAUUUUAUUGGAUUUUCGUUUUUUGUUGAUACUUUUCCCAAUACUACGCACUAACACCAUCAAUUAUUUGCUUAAAUGGGUACUGUGGAGGAUUUAACGGAGAGUUGUCGAUGGCCGAACAGGGUGGCCAUUAUUGCUCCCAAAAAACGGUAGAUUGUUCAAAUAUUGUUGGUGCCAGCACUUGUUGAAUGUGGCUAAAGUUCACUUUUGCUGACACACAUUACUAGGACAACAGUACCUGUAACUCUGUUAUCAUUGUCGUCCUCUGAUGGCGUACCUUUUUACUCAACUUCUUAGAUUAAGUUCAAGAGGCUAGACGCUUCAAAAUUCUCCAUGUGCCUAACAAGAUGCUGUCAUGUGGAUGAUCGUGGGACCACUCUUAUACCCUUGGAAAACUAUUUGAGACCUACGUUGGUCACUUCAUUAGAUGAAAGAAGAAAUUUCUGCAUGAGGAUGUUUGUUUUGCAGCUGGAAGGAUUGUUGCAGUCAGUCAAAGGUGGUAUGCUUCCAGUGAUUGACUGUUGCGCAGCUGUUCUGCUCUGUUUGGCUGUUGUUGGCAGUGUUUCAGGUGUGGUGUUGCUGCAUGGGGGUAGUGGUUGUCACUGCUUGUUUGUUGUCAACCAUAAAGUAUAUUGGGAAUUGUACAUCAGUCCAUAUGUUAGGUUAACCAGCACUAGGACGAAGAUCAAUGGCGAGUCUUCUUUCAUGGAGAUCUCAACCAACAGCCAUAAAGACGAGAGAUUAUCGCCUUUUAACUCGACUUAUGCAGUGAGGUUUAAAGAGGAUAUAAAGAGGUGGGCGAGAGGCGGUGUGAGAUAUGCAACCAUUGUAGUAGCUCUUGUGAUCUACAUAAGGGUGGUGGUUUUGGGGAAUUUUUGUGUAAUUGAUUUUUUUUUCCGCUCAACUCCUUUUCUCGGGGUUUUCUCCCCUAAUCGCUCUGCUUGUUUGCUAAUUUUGUUAUGAUAUUUGAUUUUCAUAUCUUGGGGGACCGCGCGCGCUAGCGCGUGGUCCAACA